CCGUGAGUUGCUGCUGCUUUUCGUCCGUGUGAAAAAUGUUAACCGCUAUUUUGCGUCGCAGUUGUGUACGCUAAUUUCUCCUAAAAAAACAAAACGCCAGCGUAUUUUAGUGGAGUUGAAACCUUGUUAAGACUUGGAAAGGUUUUGUAAGCCAUGAACUGAGGUGUCUGCAGUCUGCAUAUUCUCUGUGGACAUAGACUUGCCCUCCCACAUGCCACACUCACACACAUCAAUCAUGUCUCAGUCUGAAUCCCGUUUGACCGUGUGGGACUGGUUAUGUGUGCUUCAUCUGGAGCAGUAUUCUGAGGCAUUUCAAAGCGCUGGGCUGGCAACAUUGCGACAGUGUCGAAACCUCACACCAGAUCAGCUUGACCGGAUGGGUAUCAUUCGUCCGGGUCACCAGAGACGCAUCCUGGCUAGUCUGAACAAAACACACGGUAACAGUGAUACACAAUCUGACACACACUCUCACCUUGCACAGUCUGAGAGAGACCAGAGAUCGGAGGAGACAGGACAUGCCAAAGUGUUUCAGAGAGAGAGACCAGUGCCUAUCCCAGUGGAAGAAAAACCUGCGCUUAAGGAAAGAGAGAAAAGAGAUGGAGAGACAUCAAGACCCACACCCAGGGAAAGAGAGAAACCAGUCCCAAGGGAGAGACAAGUGUCCAAGAUUAAAGAAGAAAGUGGAGAGGGAGGAGAGAAGAAGCCAGUUCCUGGACAAAGACAAACAGCACCUCGAGGAGGAAAAGAUGAAGGGAGGGAUGGAGGAACAGAUGGAGAGAGGGAGAGGCCAGUGCCUAAAGAGAGGACUAAGUUUCGCUCCAGUGUGCCAGUGGAGUGCGACUCAAGCCCCCUUGUUGCUUCAACUUCUGAAACCUCUUUACCCCCUGUGCCUCCACGAAGCACCCCCAACUGCCCUCCACAGCCGUUCACCUCUCCCCUGAGCCCCUCACCUCCUGCCAGAACCCCUGUCUCCCCCAAACUGGAAAGACAUGUGGUUAAAGCUGUGUCUGUGUCCCAGAGUACCAUCCCCACCAGUACCACAACCCAUACCCCCACACAUGCUCCCGACCACCCUUCCAAAUUCCCCUCUGCUCAAACUCGGCCUCAGACAUUAGCCAUUCAGCCCCCUACCCAAGUUUUGGGUGGUGAUGGAGGGAGAAAAACUUCACCUGUUUCCCCCACUGUGCUCCAAAAUGAUGACAUAAAUGCUCCACCUCUCCCUCCAAAAGUAGGGGCGGUACCUAAAGGCCUUCCACCAAUCCCACACAGGUUUCCUGCACAAUCUCCCAGAGCUCACAGCUCCUCUCCCAACAAGACUGACGACAUGCAGAAAGACCAAACUCCACAGGUCCCACCUCGAAUCAAGACACCCCAAACUCUAGAGGACGCUCAUCAGUCAACUCGGCCUGAAACCCAGCCGGCUCUGCCUUCCAGGAGAGUCCCCCAACCUCCCAGGGAGUCCAGGGCGGAUUCACUCGAAGAUAAUUCUGAUGACUACGAGGAUCCAGACUUUUUUUAUCCCAGCGUUCAACGAAUGAACGUACCAGACAGGGAUAUGUCCCUGCAAGUGCCCAUCCAAGGGAAGGGACGGAAAUUUUCUUUGUGCAGUGAUGAUGAGCUGUUGGAUGAUGAUGAUCCUAGCCCCUGGCAGGAUGCAGGCAUCAACAGUAAUUCUGGCAGUAUUUGCAUGCCAAGCUCAGGCCGACUGGCUUCUGCCACUAAAGACGAUAGCUCUCAGCUGGCUGCUGUCAUCAAGAUGGGCUGGCUGGACAAGAAUCCACCUCAAGGGGCCCUUUAUUAUCAGAGACGAUGGGUGAAGCUGGACGUUGACUACCUGAGAUAUUUUGACAAUGACAAGGAGGUGUAUUCUAAGGGGAUCAUCUCCACUGCCUUCAUCACCAAUGUUUCCAGUGUUGGAGAGUUGAAGUUUGAGGUCGUCACAAAUAACCGAACAUUUAUCUUCAGGGCUGAAAGUGAAGUUGAGAGAAACGACUGGGUGACAGUACUGCAGGACUGCACCAGGGGGCGCCAUCGGCGCAGCACCAUGAAUGUUGGUUCACCCUUGACCCCGGACUAUCAGGGCUACCUGGAGCUCAGAGGGCUACGCUCCAAACUUUAUACUGUUGUCGCCUCAGAUAAAGUCUUCCUUUACAAAAACAUGGAGGACUAUCGUAUAGGAGUGGGCAUCACAUCCAUCGAGAUGAAUGUAGGAAAUAUUAAAGAGACAGAUCGCCGUGGCUUUGAUCUCACCACACCUUACCGCAUAUUCAGUUUCAUCGCAGAGUCAGAGCAGCUGCGAGAGCAAUGGGUGGAUGCCAUGCGGGAUGCAAUAGGUGAGGCGUUGUCAAAUAGAGAGGUGGCAGAUCGGAUCUGGGCGGAGCCUAGCAACAGUUUCUGUGCCGACUGCGAGGCUCCCAAGCCAGAAUGGGCUGCCAUCAACUUGUGUGUGGUGGUCUGCAAACGAUGCGCAGGAGAGCACAGAGGACUGGGUCCUAGCAUUUCAAAGGUUCGUAGCCUGAAGAUGGACAAGAAAGUCUGGACAGAGGAGCUUAUGCAGCUGUUCCUUGUGCUGGGCAACGAGCGGGUAAACACCUUCUGGGCAGCAAAUGUCCCACCGAGUGAGGCUUUGACACCCUCUAGCUGCAGCGAGGAGAGACGGCGCUUCAUCACCAACAAAUACCGCCAGGGCAAAUACAGAAAGUACCACCCUCUGUACGGAAACCAGAGGGAGCUCAACAAUGCUCUUUGUAUAAAUGUGCAAUGCAGUGAUGUGCUGGAGACGUUAAGCCUUAUUUUCUGCGGUGCAGAUGUAAAUUGUUCAACUGGUAUGGCAAGUUGGCCCUCUGUUCUCUCCCUGGCCAACUCACACGCGCAACCCUUACAGGCUGAGUUGAUUAGCCACAAUCUCAACACAGAGCUACCACGGUCAGAGGUGGGCGGAGGCAUGGAGGCGGUACAUUACGCACCACCACCUUGUGUGUCUCACAAUGGCUUCCUGUUCAAGACUGCAUCCAUGGCUCGAGCCAUCACAGAGCGCAAGGCCAAAGAAGAGUUCAGUCGUCGCUGGUGCACACUGAACGAUGGCACUUUCAGCUACUACGAGAGUGACAGGAACUCGAACCCUAACGGUGCUCUGAAGGCUCCAGAGAUCGUCUGUUUAGCUGUCGACACACCUGAGAAACAUGGGUAUGACCACACCUUUGAACUCUACUCAGAGUCGGAGCGUCUAUAUCUGUUUGGCACUGAUGAUCCAGAAAGUCACAAGGAAUGGGUCAAGUCUAUUGCCAAGAGCUUUAUCCCAGCCACUGCAGAGCCGCUGCUGAGGUUGGGUUUUGAGCGGAUUGGGCGGCUGAAGUGUAAAGACGGCUUGAACCUGCAGACAUCUAAGGUUGGUUGGUUUGCUCUGGUGGGCUCCACACUUCAUGCCUACCUGGAGGACAGCCAGGGAGAGGAGAUCCACCUCCGCAAACUGAAUGAACUCUCGAUUCAGCAAGACAAUGAGGUGCUGGUUCUGGUGGAGAGAGGCAGAACUCUGUACAUAGAGGGAGAGAGGAAGUUGGAUUUUGCGGGUUGGUGUGCUGCCAUCCAGGCAGCAGCGGGGAGUGGAGGAGACACACUGAGCCAGCAGCAGCUGACAGAGACAGACAUACCUGUCAUAGUACACAGCUGCAUCGGCUACAUCACGCAAUGUGGCUUGACUUCUGAGGGGAUAUAUCGUAAGAGCGGCGUGAACUCCCGCGUGGCAGCGCUGUGUGAGAGAUUCCGCCGGGAUGCUCGCAGUCUUCGUCUGAGGGAGGGAGAGCACCAGGUGGACGACGUCUCCAACACACUCAAACGUUUCUUCAGGGAGUUGGAGGAGGGACUGUUCACGUCAGAGGAUGCCAAAACCUGGCUCAGUACUGCUGCCAUUCAGGAUGAGAGCAAUAAAAUUUCCCAGUACCAGCUGCUGUUGAACAGACUGCCUCGUGUCAACAAGGCUACACUACAAGCGCUUAUCAACCACCUCUAUUGUGUGCAGCGUUUUUCUGAGCUGAACCAGAUGAACCUCCACAACCUGGCCAUAGUGUUCGGUCCCACACUGUUCCAGGCUGAUGGGAAGGACUUCACUGCAGGCCGUGCCAUAGAGGACCUCAUACAGCACUACACACUCAUCUUUGAGGUGGACGAGCAGCAGCUCAAGAAGCAACUGGAGGAGAUCACUGUUAUCAUCCAAGUGCGAGAGAAACUCAACACAAAGUUUCCUAGCACUGAACCUGGAGGGCACUUCAUCUGUACAGUGUACCUGGAGGAGAAGAAGGAAACAGCAGAGCAACAUGUUAAGAUCCCUGGUUCUAUGACAGCAGCAGAGCUGACCUGUGAGGUCCUUGACCGGCGCAACAUCCCAGUUAAAGACAAAGAGUACUGGAACUGCUGGGAGGUCAGCGACAAGGAGGAAAUGGAACGUCCGCUGCACUAUCAGGAGCGAGUCUUACCCAUCCUUCAUGCUUUUGGCACCGACUCCCAUCUGCUCAUCAAGAAACACAUUGCUAUGGAGGCCAUGAUGGUUUACCUGGCCAGUAAAGUGGAUGUAUCCAAACACGGUAUGAUGAAAUUCAGAGAAGAGCGAAGCAUCUUGGGAUUGGGACUGUCUUCUGGAAGUUUCCAUGACCGAUACUUCAUCCUCAAUUCCAGUUCUCUGAGAAUGUACAAGGAAGUCAGAAGUAACCGUCCAGAACGGGAUUGGCCAGUCAAAAACCUAAGGGUUUACCUGGGCAUUAAGAAGAAAGUCCGUCCUCCUACAUGUUGGGGACUGACAGUCGUGUAUGAGAGUAAGAAACAAGAGAAACCAGAGAAACAGCAGUGGUAUCUCUGCUGUGACACCCAGUCUGAAAUGAGGGAGUGGUAUGCUACUUUUCUCAGUAUCCAGUACGAUGGCGACGUGUGGCCUCAGGACGGACUCAAGCAGACACGCGUGAGCCGUGUGUUGCCGGAUGCGCGUCAUGGUAAUGUGUCACUGAUACCGCUGCGUGGCAGUGAGAAUGAGAUGCGGAACAGCGUGGCCGCUUUCAGCCAAGACCCGCUUGCUCUCUUUAGAGAUGUUCGAUAGUGAUCGCUAAAAUUAAGGGCAAAUGAUCAGCCUCUGAUGACAUCUGAAGAUUCCAGUGAAAUCAUCAUUCUGCGACUGUAUGGAGCAGAAUGACGGACACUCAGAAAGCCCAGACACUCAUACUGUAUGUGGAUUAUGGCCUUACACUGCCGUCUGCUCCUUUACAUUUAAACUGGACCAAAACGUAAACCGACAAAAAGGAUCUCAUGUAAAAUAAACCUACACUGGCCACCCUGCACAAAUGAAUCUUACUUGACUUGAUGUACAGUCGAAGCUGCUGGGAGCUGUGGCAUCAAAAUCACAGAGUGAUAGUUUGGUGGACUACAAUCACUCGCCUCCAGUUCAGUGUGCGCUGAAUCUGCGCCCCAAGGAUCCUCUGUUUUUACUGGUCAGUGGCAUGUGACUCAAUCACUGCAAUUGCAUUAUGUGACGGAGGCAUGACAGACAUGCUGAGAAAAAACAUAAUUUCUUUAAUGUAUUUCAGAAAAGACUUAGACGUGUUAUUCUAGGCACUAGCAUAGAGUGCUAUGGAAUUUUUUUAAAUAGAAGAUUAAAGAUUAUUGACUUGCAGUUGUAGCUGAAUCUGAUUUCUAAUUUUUUAAUGCUUUCAGUUCUCUUUCUAUACUUUGCUCAGAGAAUUGUUGGGAUAAUCCUGCAGUUCAAAAUUGAAUAAUUGCUAUUGUAAGCAAGCGGAUGUUAUAGGAGACUGUGACCUGAUUCUGUCCAGAAUUUGUUCCGCAGGGACCAAGACCGGGACAGAGAGGAAGAGCUGAAAAAUGGCAGGUGAUGCAUCCGUGUCUGUUACUUGGCAGGACUUCUGCCUGUACUGAGCUAAACCUCGGUUAGAGUUGUAUGUAUGUCGUUGUGUGUUAUCUUGUAUGAAAUUGUGUCCUUUGGAGAGUGAAGGAAUGGGAGCUAGGUGCAGAAAAAAAAACUAGGCUUUCUAGGCUCCUUUAUUCUGCAUCAAAUAAACUCAGUGCACCUUCAGUAGGUCACAUUUUAAACCAUAACGUGUCCUGGGCUGAUCAGUGGUUUAGUCUGUCCUGCGCUCUCUUUGCUUCCUGUCCCCACAGUCCUCAGCACUGUCCCCUCUCUGUAGGUCUGUCUCUAAAUCUCUGUUUGUGUAUAUAUAUAUAUGUACAUGUGCAGUUUUGCCAUUAACCAGCAGUAUUUAUAAAGAUUUAGAUUAUGAAUUUGUUGCAUUGUCUUUUUUACGCACAACUCCCUUUGCAACAGUAUAUUGUUAUAGUUUUUUCAUCAAAAUCGGGCACAGAGGUGCACUGAUACCAUUUGUAAACCCAACAAAAAAAAGAUUAAAGGCGUUAUAAUCUAUCAUUAUGUCCACUUGGGUCCAAACCUGUAUAUAUUUUGUCUAAAUGAGAGCCAUGAGAACAAUCUCUACUUACUUCAUUAGCUGCCUUUCCAGCUGCGUUGAACUGCCCUUCUUUACCUCAUAGUGUUGCCUUUGUGCCACCUGUAGGUCUUCUCUGUUGGGAAGAUUUCUUAUUUAUUUGGACAGCAGAGGACGCUAGAUGCUUUGCUGUAGAGAGCUCCGCCUCUGCUGGUGAGGCAAUAAAUGUUUGUUUUAACACAUUUAGGCACAGUUUGUGUGAAAAAUUGUACAUGCAGUUUGUGUGUCUAAUGUUACUAGUUGCCCUUCGGCAGAGACUUCAGCAGGAGUCGAGAAAAGUCUCCACUCUAUAGUAACACAAUUACACUCUUUAGACAGUAUUUAUGCUCUUCGUGUACUGCAUUUUUUAUUGUUUCAACACUUAAUCACAAGGGAUGUCUUGUAAGAACCUUUUUGAUGCUGAUAGUAAGACAAUUCGGUGCAAAUAUUAGUCACAAAAAAAUUAUUUGCAUGCAAGUAUUCAAUUCUAUUGAAUAAAUUUUUUUGUUUCACCAGAAGCUUCAUUGUAGAGAGGGCGACAUGUUAUAUGAAGCUUAGUGUUGACUAUGACGGUCAAAAAAACUCAUCAGACAGAACAAUGUAACUCCGCUUUGUUUCACAGUCUGUUAAAUUCCUUCGGGCAAACAUCUUAAGUCUGGGCCUUUUUUACACAGUCAGCUGUUCUCGGCAGAUUUCCAAUUGUGUCAUUCUCUUUCCACAUAUUAUGAUGGAGCUCACUGCACUUUAAAAGGUAAUUCAGACCUUUCUUUAUUCACUUGAUGUGACUUCUGAAAACACUUAGCUGCAGUUAUGGUGAGUGAAUUCUUUGUUAAUUAUUUUCUGCUUUAUAUCUUUAAUUUGGAUAAAUUUGUAGAAGUUUGUUGAGAUGUUACUUUGUCAAUCGAUCCAACCUCCUGAACACAUCAAUGAUUCAAUUAGUAAAACUUUAAAUUCCAUGAGGGGAUUAUUUUUUUUAUACUGUUACUCUGCAUUUUACUAAUUUGCAUCCCUGAAACUCUAAUAAACACAUUCUGCUGGUUGUGUGA